CGGCCUCGGAGCCGGGGCCCGCUGGCGGCCGGCAGGGGCGUCACUGCGCGGCGGGCCGGCGAGGCCGCGGCAUGGGGCGAGUGCAGCUGUUCGAGAUCAGCCUGAGCCACGGCCGCGUCGUCUACAGCCCCGGGGAGCCUCUGGCUGGGACCGUGCGCGUGCGCCUGGGGGCGCCGCUGCCGUUCCGAGCCAUCCGGGUCACCUGCACAGGCUCCUGCGGGGUCUCCAACAAGGCCAAUGAUGCAGCCUGGGUGGUGGAGGAGAGUUACUUCAACAGUUCCCUGUCACUGGCGGACAAGGGGAGCCUGCCCGCUGGAGAGCACAGCUUCCCCUUCCAGUUCCUGCUUCCUGCCACAGCACCCACAUCCUUUGAGGGUCCUUUUGGGAAGAUCGUGCACCAGGUGAGGGCCGCCAUCCACACGCCACGGUUUUCCAAGGAUCACAAGUGCAGCCUCGUGUUCUAUAUCUUGAGCCCCCUGAAUCUGAACAGCAUCCCAGACAUUGAGCAACCCAAUGUGGCCUCUGCCACCAAGAAGUUCUCCUACAAGCUGGUGAAGACGGGCAGCGUGGUCCUCACAGCCAGCACUGACCUCCGCGGCUAUGUGGUGGGGCAGGCGCUGCGGCUGCACGCCGACAUUGAGAACCAGUCGGGCAAGGACACCAGCCCUGUGGUGGCCAGUCUGCUGCAGAAAGUGUCCUAUAAGGCCAAGCGCUGGAUCCAUGACGUGCGGACCAUUGCUGAGGUGGAGGGUGCGGGCGUCAAGGCCUGGCGGCGGGCACAGUGGCACGAGCAGAUCCUGGUGCCCGCCUUGCCCCAGUCGGCCCUGCCAGGCUGCAGCCUCAUCCACAUUGACUACUACCUACAGGUCUCUCUGAAGGUGCCGGAAGCUACAGUGACCCUCCCGGUCUUCAUUGGCAAUAUUGCUGUGAACCAUGCCCCACUGAGCCCCGGGUCAGGCCCGGGGCUGCCUCCCGGGGUCCCAGCCCUGGUGGUGCCUUCUGCACCACCCCAGGAGGAGGCGGAGGCUGCGGUUGGUGGCCCCCACUUCUUGGACCCAGUCUCCCUUUCCACCAAGAGCCACUCGCAGCAGCAGCCCCCGAUGGGCACCUUGGGUUCUGUGCCUGGCGCCCCUGAGCCCGAUCCUCAGGAUGGCAGCCCUGCCCCACACCCGCUGCACCCUCUCUUGUGCAUUUCAACAGGUGCCACUGUCCCCUACUUUGCUGAGGGCUCCGGGGGGCCAGUGCCCACCACUAGCACCUUGAUUCUUCCUCCGGAGUACAGCUCAUGGGGCUACCCCUAUGAGGCCCCACCAUCCUAUGAGCAGAGCUGCGGUGGCGUGGACCCCAGCCUGACCCCUGAGAGCUGACCCUGUGCUGCCUUCUCCCGGCAGGCCUGGCCUCUGCCCUGGGACUGGGGCACCCAGGGCCUCGUGCCUUCUCUCCUGGCCUGGCCUGGCCCACUCAGGACCAGCCCAGCCUCUGCCAGCUCCCCUGGCGUCCACCCUCUUCUCCCUGGGGCUGGGGUGGGGGUGGCAGGGAGCUGGGACCUGGAGAGAUGACUUCUGUAAAUAAAAAACACUUCAUUUGUAGA